AUGCCUGUCCAACUCCCGACCCAUCCUUCUCUCACCCAUAUUCGCACCUUCAGCCAUACCUGCACACUCCUUGCGAAAUCCACAAAACAAAGGCUAGCUUUUGAGCAUGCCGCCGUUCCACCAUACCCCUACAAGCCCUCAGCCAUAUACAAACAGUCCAAUUUUGGUCUGUACGGUCUGCAAAAAAUCCGAUUCGGCAACCAAGUCUCUGAAAAGAACGAAAUCAAAACUCGCAGAUACUGGCGCCCGAAUGUACAUUUCAAACGGUUAUGGAGCGAGAGUCUGGACCAGUUCGUGAGGGUCAGGGUCACGACGAGGGUUUUGAGGACCAUGGAUAAGUCUGGGGGGCUGGAUGAAUAUCUGCUAGGGGACAAGGCGAGGAGAAUUAAGGAAUUGGGAAUGGGAGGGUGGAAACUGCGGUGGAGAAUUAUGCAGACUGACAAGGUAAAGGAGAGGUUUAGGAAACAGAGGGAGGCGUUAGGGUUACCGCCGAUAGAUGAAAGCGCUCAGAUGAGUUUGGAGGAUGCGACAAAGAGAGCGAUUGAGGACAUGGAUGGAGCACUAGGGGAAGGAGAGUUGACUGAGGUGGAGGAGGGUGUAGGAGAGGAAUGGGCUAAGUUUAUGGAGGAGCAGCCCCAGCCGCCCAAGGAGGACAAGGUGGUUGUAUAA